GGCAGAAACUCAGGAAUUUAGAAAGAGAGAGAGAUAGAAGCAGAAAGAGACUGAAAGAGAGAGGGAGGAGGUCAGAGGGAACAGACAUAUCAUACACUGGGAAAGAGAGAGCUUUAGUCUGCCAUGGAAAGUUAGAGGAGGCAAUAGACAAAAAGAAAAGAAAAAGAGAGAGAGUUAAAAAAGCAGAUUCAACAAGCAAUUUAGUAAAGGAAGAAAGGAACUGGGGGCAGUGUUGGUGUAAAGCGGGGAGAGUAAAAAAAAAAAAAAACACAGAAAAGGCCCAGGAAACACAGAGAGGCAGCCAUAGGAAGAAGAUAAAUAUUAAAGAAAAACAGGAUUAUUCAUUGUAUUCCACUUUUUAACUCCCGGAUCAGAGAGAAUGAUGCUGUGUCUCUUCUCCCUACUACUUUGUCUUCUCCUGGUUCCAAGUAGACAGCAAGAGGGUGAAUCACCAAACAGCUUCACGGAAUGCACAGAUGGAUAUGAAUGGGAUCCAGAGAAGCAGCAUUGCAAAGAUAUUAAUGAGUGUCAGACAAUACCUGAUGCCUGUAAGGGGGAGAUGAAGUGUAUUAAUCAUUAUGGGGGUUACCUGUGCCUUCCUCGCUCUGCUUCGGUAAUCAGUGACUCCCAAACAGAAUCUGCUAUUCAUGAUCCGCCCCCUCCGCCGCCACAUAACACAGAAGCACAGGACAUCCAAUGUCCAGCAGGCUACCAGCCCGACUCACCAGGGCUUGGUACCUGUGUAGAUGUGGAUGAAUGUGCAUAUCAACUGGAUGACUGCCUGCCCAGCCAGGAGUGUGUCAAUGCACCAGGUGGCUUUCACUGCAAAUGCCCAGAUGGCUACAGAAAGAUAGGGAACGAGUGUGUAGAUAUAGAUGAGUGUCGAUACAGGUACUGUCAGCAUCGCUGCGUUAACUCUCCUGGAUCUUUUACUUGUCAGUGUGAGCCAGGAUUCCAGCUGGCAUCCAAUAACCGUUCCUGCGUGGAUGUUAAUGAAUGCUCCAUGGGUGCACCAUGCCAGCAACGCUGCUAUAACACCUAUGGAACUUUCUUGUGUCGCUGCAAUCAGGGUUAUGAAUUGGAUCGUGAUGGCUAUACCUGCAAUGACGUUGAUGAAUGCAGUUACUCCAGUUACCUGUGCCAGCACCAGUGUGUUAAUGAACCUGGGCGCUUUUCCUGUAUCUGCCCAGAAGGAUACCAGCUGUUAGGCACUCGAUUAUGCCAAGAUAUCAAUGAAUGUGAAACAGAUGCCCAUACGUGCUCUGAAUCUCAGAACUGCAUCAACUUCCAUGGAGGUUAUCGCUGUGUGGAAAAGAAUCGUUGCAAGGAGCCUUAUAUACAAGUAGCCGACAACCGAUGUAUGUGUCCAUCAGGUAAUCCACUUUGCCGGGAUGAGCCAGGCUCUGUGGUGUAUCGGUAUAUGAGCAUUACGUCAGACAGGAGUGUCCCUUCAGAUAUAUUCCAGAUCCAGGCAACCAGUGUAUACCCUGGGGCGUACAAUACUUUCCAGAUCCGUUCUGGAAAUGAGCAAGGAGAUUUUUACAUCAGACAAAUCAAUAACAUAAGUGCUAUGCUUGUCCUGGCUCGUCCAGUCAACGGUCCCCAGGAAUUCGUUCUUGAUCUUGAGAUGCUGACUUCAAAUUCCCUGCUUAGUUACCGUUCCAGCUCAGUGCUCAGACUUACCGUGUUUGUGGGAGGAUAUGCCUUCUAAAUCUUAAAAAAAACAGGACAUUUAUCUCUAUGCUGUCUAUAAACUACUUUUUUGUUUGUUAAAUAUUUUCUUUUUACUAAUUUGAAUUUUAUUUUUUUAUUAAAACCUGAUUAUGUUCUGGAAGAGGCUGCCUUUCAGUCAAAGCAAUGUUGCAAGCCUCUCUGGCAAUGGAUUGGUUAGCCGUGCCAUUACUAAGUGGGCACUAAGUUAGGUCACUUCCAGACUGCAGAAUAUCAGGGACAGGUUCGGACAGUACAGGGUGAAUUCACAGUGACCUCUUUAUUCCAAAUCAAACUAAAGAUUUGUCAAUGGUGUGCUACACAUUUAGGUUAAGAGGCAUAAGGUUGACUGAUUUCCUAAAUGGAAAUAGUUACGAAAAUAGUUAUGACCAUUCUAAUGCAAAUUCGAAUUGUAGUUUGAUACAGCAAAUCUAUACAGAUCCCUAUAGUAUUUUUUUUUUUAUGAAUUACAAGAAUUAUGACUGGUGCCAAAUUAAAAAUGUAGAUUUAUUCAUGAACUAUAGAUUGACAAGACUUGAUCAUACAGCAUGGAGAAAUUAACACUGUGAUCUAUGGAAUGGAGGUCAUCAUAACUGGCACAGACCAUGCAGAAAAAGAGUAAUACAGUAUAUCAGCUAGUAUCAGAUCCUCAUUUUUAGUGACCUGCUAAGUGCAGAUUGACAGGGAUACACUUAAGUGAAGGCUACUAAAGACCUGUUAAAAUAUUUUUUAACUAUAAUACAUAUGCAUAACACUCCAGUAAUAAACCAGGGGCUGGAUUCUUUAAUCCAACAUAACUUUAUUGCGUGUAAUUCCUUAACAGUUUUCCCAUAGAUGUCAAGGGGAGAAUUGUGAUUCAAUUACCAUUGUUAAAAAAAAAAUCUCUGCUUAUAGAAUCCAGCCCCAGAUCUAAUGAAACUCAAAAAGGAAUUGGUCUGAUGGAUCACUAUGCCCACUUAAGUAAUGAUAUUCUGAAAUGUAUGACUUACUGACGAAGCUUGGGUCCAUUACUGUGCUACAGAUAAAAGAAAAAACAAAACUAAAAAACAUAUACUCAAUCUUUUUUAGUGAGCAAAUAACUGCAUUUUGUUGAUUUGUCCUUGAAUAUUGGUUGUACCCAUUUCUGCAAAAUAACAUUUUUUAUAGUAGUUUCACAAAGUUACAUAAUGUUCUUGUACAUUAAUAAGAGGGGUAGAAGAACAUAUAACUAUAAAAAUUGUACUUAUGGGGUUACUCACCUGGCUACUAUGAGUAGUGAGCAAAUAAAGUAAUAUUUCAAUUUGUUAGAUGUGUUUAAAAAAGGAAAAAGGGUGCAUUUCAGUAUGACAUGCAUGGUGGUAUAGAGUAGCCUAAUGCAGCAUUGAAUAAAAUUGUGUUUUUUGUUUCUUAUUGUUACAUUAAACUUUAUCUGCUGACCUGGAA